UUUCUUUUUUUCUCAAACCGGAAGAUACCGGUCUCAGCAGAACCUUUCAGUCUCCAAACUGGCUGCUGGAUACAGGAAACAGAGAACCUACCACUACAUGUAAGCUCCCUCCAACUCUUAAAACACAGAUACAGAACAAUGGCAGUGGUAACCAAAUUGACAUGGAGUCAGCAGAAGAGUCUGGAGAAGAUGCUUGGGAACGUGUCCUUGAGACUUCUUUAUAAGUCUAGUGUCCAUGAGAGUGACAUUCGUAGAAUGAAUGAAAAGUGCACUCGUCAGGGACCUACUGUAACAAUAAUUUAUGUUGGUAACUUUGUUUUGGGGGUUUUUAUGCUUGGGGAUCAUCCUGAAGAGCAUAACAAUUUAAAAAGGGCCAACCCCUCCUUCUAUUUUUCGUUUCAAAAGAAUGAUAUAAAUGCAAUGAAAACUGCAGUUUUAGAAACAGAAACAAAAAUUAAUUCUGGACAAAUGGUAUGUUAUUCUUCUGGCCAAGAGGUGUUUUCUCUACAUCCAGGCGAAAGCAGCUUUUCUGUGGAUGAUUCAUUAAAGAAUACUUUAGGCAUAUAUUUUCGUUCUGGCAGCAAGUAUUCGGAAUGUGAAGUUUUUCACGUUGACGGAAUUGGGGAUGAUAAAAACUACAUAAGCAAGAUAACAGGAGCCACCAAGCACAGAAAUUCACUUCUAGUCGAACUCAGAACCUACAAGCCCUGUGUAGACUUUGUUUCAGAAAUUCGUAUUCUCUUGCUGGGUCCAGUUGGGUCUGGAAAGUCUAGUUUUAUCAAUUCAGUGAAGUCUGUUUUCCAAGGCCGUCUGACUCGCCAAGCCAGAGUGGGGUCUGAUGUCACCAGCAUUACUGAACAGUAUAGGAUAUAUCCUAUUAAAGAUGGGAGACAUGGCAAAUACCUGCCAUUUAGGUUGUGUGACUCCAUGGGCCUACAUGAGAAAGAAGGAGUUGGAUUGUGCAUGGAAGACAUACCCUACAUCUUAAAAGGCUGCAUGCCAGACAGAUAUCAGUUGAACCCCAGUAGACCAAUUACACCCAGUCAUCCUAACUUCAUUGCCUCUCCGUCACUGAAGGACAGGAUUCACUGCGUGGCUUAUGUCCUAGAUAUCAACUCUAUCAAUGAUCUCUCCUCUAAGAUGGUGGCAAAGUUCCAACAAAUUCAGAAAGAAGUCUUGAGCUAUGAUACAGCCUGUGUACUCUUGCUUACUAAAGCAACUAAUGGCGGUGAAUUUCUUCAAGGCAAUUUUUCAAACAUGGAUAAACCUAUGACUUUCCAGAGCCAGAUAGUGGAUGCCAGCAAAAUGUUAAAUAUUCCUAUUUAUAAUACAUUCGUGGUUGAAAAUUACACAUCAGAGUGGGAGCUGGACCCUGUAAAGGACACUCAGAUUCUCUUUGUGCUGAGGCAGAUGUUACGGGUAGCAGAGGACUUCUUUGAGGACUUGCCUUGAGGAAACAGAAGGGAAGACUGGAAGAGAAUGAAAUGCUGGAGAGAAGAAAUGGACGUGAAGGAGGGAGAAUGUUUUACUUAUCUUUGGCUGAAGAUAUGAAUUUAAGCUAAUUAAAAAGAACAGAUAUUUCUUAAGGACUUAACAUGUUAUUUCUGUAAAAAAAAAAACAAAGUUUUCAUUAA